AUGGGCAUUUGUCUGUUAAAAGGCCAAUGGCUGUGGCUUCUGUAUGUUUUGCUGAUACAUAUUGUAAUUGUAAUUAAUAACAUUGAAGCGAUCAGUCCUGAUGGCGAGGCACUUGUCAGCUUCAGGACAACAAUUAUUAGCUCUGAUGGUAUCCUGUUACAGUGGAGGCCUGAGGAUCCUGACCCAUGUAAAUGGAAAGGAGUGAAAUGUGAUCCAAAAACCAAGAGAGUGACACAUCUGAUUCUAUCACACCAUAAGUUAAGUGGGUCGUUAUCACCUGACCUUGGAAAGUUAGAUCACCUGAAAGUUCUUGCUCUUCAUAACAACAACCUUUAUGGGAUAAUUCCACCAGAAUUGGGAAAUUGCACGGAAUUGCAGGGAAUCUUCUUACAGGGUAAUUACCUUAGUGGAAUAAUUCCAAGUGAAAUAGGAAAUCUCUCGCAGCUCCAAAAUUUGGAUAUAUCAAGCAAUUCCCUUGGAGGGAAUAUUCCAGUAUCAAUUGCAAAGUUAUAUAAUCUAAAAAAGUUCAAUGUAUCAACCAAUUUUCUGGUCGGACCAAUACCUUCUGAUGGUGUCCUAGCCCACUUUACAGAAAGCUCGUUUGUUGGAAACCGAGGUUUGUGUGGAGUACAAAUUGAUUCAACAUGUAAAGAUGAUGGUUCGCCUGGGGAAAAAUCUUCAGACCAAAAUCAAAAUGUAAAGAAGAAAUAUUCUGGCCGACUUCUCAUCAGUGCAUCAGCAACUGUGGGCGCACUACUUUUGGUGGCACUUAUGUGCUUCUGGGGUUGUUUUCUAUAUAAGAAGUUUGGUAAAAAUGAUAGAGUUAGUCUUGCUGUGGAUGUUGGUCCAGGUGCAUCGAUUGUGAUGUUUCAUGGAGACCUACCAUAUUCUUCGAAAGACGUUAUCAAGAAACUAGAGACUUUGAAUGAGGAACACAUAAUAGGAGUAGGGGGAUUUGGAACUGUUUACAAGCUUGCAAUGGAUGAUGGGAAUGUAUUUGCAUUGAAAAGGAUUGUAAAGAUGAACGAGGGCUUUGAUCGAUUUUUUGAGAGGGAGCUUGCAAUUCUUGGUAGCAUCAAACACCGUUAUUUAGUGAACUUACGUGGAUAUUGCAACUCACCUACCUCAAAGUUGUUAAUAUAUGACUACCUACCUGGUGGUAGUCUGGAUGAAGUUCUUCAUGAAAGAUCUGAGCAACUAGACUGGGAUUCACGAUUGAAUAUAAUCAUGGGAGCUGCAAAAGGGCUUGCGUACUUACACCAUGAUUGUUCACCUAGGAUCAUACACCGAGACAUAAAGUCAAGCAACAUUUUACUCGAUGGAAAAUUGGAUGCUCGGGUUUCUGAUUUUGGACUUGCCAAACUUCUGGAAGAUGAAGAAUCUCACAUCACUACUAUUGUUGCUGGAACAUUCGGUUACCUAGCUCCAGAGUAUAUGCAAAGUGGCAGAGCAACCGAGAAGACGGAUGUUUAUAGUUUUGGGGUGUUGACACUCGAAGUGCUUAGUGGAAAGCGGCCAACAGAUGCAUCAUUCAUUGAAAAGGGUCUCAAUAUUGUUGGUUGGUUGAAUUUCCUUAUUACCGAAAAUAGGCCGAGGGAAAUUGUGGAUCUACUAUGUGACGGGGUGCAGGUGGAGAGCCUUGAUGCCUUGCUCUCUGUGGCUAUUCAGUGUGUUUCCUCAAGUCCUGAGGAUCGACCCACUAUGCACCGAGUGGUCCAGUUGCUCGAAUCGGAGGUCGUAACUCCAUGCCCAAGUGACUUCUAUGACUCAGAGUAG